AUGAUACCGCCAUCCACUAAGGGCGUGAGUCACCAGCUGAAAGAGCGAGAGCAGGAAAACGAGUGUAGAUUCUUCGAUCUGCCCUGGGAGCUCCGGUGUAAGGUGUACUCGUAUAUCUUUUCAGGACCGCCCCGGAUCGUGAAACCCGUCAGGCGAAACCGUAAAACAACCGACAAAGAGCUGGCCUCAUCACCGUUCGGCCGGCACAGGCGUACAAGUAUCAUGCUGGCCUCCCGCCGAUUCCACGAUGACGUAUCCCAAUAUCUCUACUCCUCGUACACAUUCCGCAUCUUUCCCGUACAACAUCAGCCGUCCAUCGUGCCGAACGUCUGCGACCUCGCGCCGCGAUACAAGAGUGCGGUGAGGGUUUUACGGCUCGUGCUGGGCUCGAGCUGGACUGAGCCACCGGAAUCCUGGGUUGUCAAUGAGAAACUCGGGCUUAAAUCAAUGGAAGGAGUCCAUACGUUGGAGAUACUCGUUCUGUGCGACCCGUCAAACCCAAUGUUUGAGCCGUUUCGCAUUUCCAAGGAUUUUUAUACCAAGUUUUCAUGCCGGCUCCUGCAUGGCAUACUAAAAGACCUUCCGAGUUUGCGAUAUGUUGUCAUUGACGGUUACUCGUCGAUCGAGAGAAAUGGCGGCCUGGUCAGCGGUCUUGUUCAAGAAAUUCAGACUACGAAGAAGAAGAUUCGAUGGGCUGGCCCCUUCAAAUCUUCGAAUCCAUCCACGGCUCCCUGUUGA